AUGAAGGUCGGGCAGCUGUACUCUGUGGCUGAAGCCAGCAAGAAUGAGACAGGAGGAGGAGAAGGCAUCGAGGUACUGAAGAACGAACCCUACGAGAAGGAUGGAGAAAAGGGACAAUACACACAUAAAAUAUACCACCUAAAGAGUAAAGUCCCAGGUUAUGUGAAGAUGAUUGCACCAGAGGGAGCGUUAGUUUUUCACGAAAAGGCCUGGAACGCCUACCCAUACUGUCGCACUAUUGUGACGAAUGAGUACAUGAAGGACGACUUCAUGAUUAAGAUCGAGACGUGGCACAAACCUGACAUGGGAACAAUAGAAAAUGUUCAUGAUCUGGAUGAGCAGACGUGGAGGACUGUGGAGGUGGUUCCCAUAGAUAUCGCAAGCAAAGAAGAAGUGGCGUCCGCGGACUACAAGCCAGAAGAAGAUCCUUCUCUUUACCACUCCGCCAAGACGGGCAGAGGACCCCUGGGACCUGAAUGGAAGGACGAGCUGAAGACAGAUUGUCCUUACAUGUGUGCAUACAAACUGGUCACCGUCAAGUUCAGAUGGUGGGGUCUGCAGACCAAAGUGGAAAGCUUCAUCCAGAGGCAAGAAAAGCGUAUUUUCACCAACUUCCACCGCCAGCUGUUCUGCUGGAUUGACAAAUGGGUGGGUUUGACCAUGGAGGACAUCAGGCGGAUGGAAGAGGAGACUCAGAAAGAGCUCGAGGAGAUGCGUCAGAAGGGAGACGUGCGAGGCACCUCUGCAACAGACGAGUAGAGGCCGGUGGCUGUAGGUCAAACACUAGAGGCAGGCUGACUGCGUAAAACAGGUCCGAUUCGAGGCACCAGUGCUGCUCAUGAGCAAUGAGGCAAAUCAACCAAACCCUGUCAUGAUGAUGUCAUCAGAGACACGUCCAACCACGAUGAGGAAGUGGCCCCCGACGUCGCCUCUUCUCUUCUCUUCUGUCUCACAUGAUUCAUUGGGGGGUUUGACAAGAUUGGUUAACAGUACUGUACAGAUUCUACCCCAAUCACAAGCCUCCUGUUCACUCAGAAAAAAAAAUACAAAUACAAACAAACAAACAAACAUGGUUUUGCAUACAUAUAUAAAAAAAGAAAAAGAAAAAAAAACUCUUUGCACAGAACGUAAAUUGCCUGAUAUGUAAAUUGUUAGUUGAUUAUCACAAUGGGCUUUGUUUUUAUUCAGGUGUGUUAAAACCGUGACUCAGAAAAAGUCUCAGCCUUUUAAAUUCAGUAGAAUGUUAUUUUUAGCUUCAACAGGUUCCCACCAAAAAAAAAAAAAAAAAAUUGGGUUAUAAGAAAGACUUUAGCAGGUAUUGGAAUAUUUACGCCCCCCCCCCCCGUCGUCGUCCCCCCCCCUUUUAUCUUCCCAUGUAUUAUAACUGUCUGUCUCUACUUUAA